AUGUCUUCUCCAAAACUCAUCGUGCACCACCUCCAGGUUGGCCAAGGCGAGCGCAUUCCAUGGCUUCUCGAGGAGCUCAAUAUUCCUUAUGAACUGAAGCUCUACCAACGCUCGCCCCUACUCUCUCCGCCUGAGCUCAAAGCAGUGUAUCCUCUCGGCUCUUCUCCUGUACUCGAGGAUGUAACGGACCCCUCCAAUCCCAUCAAGAUUGCCGAAUCAGGUGCCAUCGCAGAUUACAUCAUCCAAAAGUACGCAAAUGGCCGGCUGGCACUGGGACCGCAGCACAAGAACUUUGCAGACUACUUGUACUGGUUCCAUUUUGCGAAUGGAACCCUACAUCCCACCUUAUUCAGGAGGACUUCGGCUCGAGCAAUGGUUGGCGAGCAGGAUCCCAGGUACAUAGGUGUGGCUGAUCGCGCCGCGAAUGCAUUGCAACAUGUCAACAACCGUCUACUGAACAACACCUGGCUCGCAGGCGAGGAGUUUACUGCCGCGGACAUCAUGAAUGCGUGGACCUUUACGACGAUGCGCAAGUUUGAGCCAAUAGACCUGAGCGACUAUCAGGGUAUUCUGGCGUGGCUCAAGCGCGUUGGCGAGCGUGAGGCAUAUAGACGCGCCAUGGGCAAGUCCGACCCGGAUCUGAACCUUGAGGAGGGUCUCAGUGCCAAAGGGCCACCGCUUAUGGAGGCAUGGGCCAAGGCUAUGGGAAUGAAGCCGGGACGUCAGAAGCUUUGA